AUGAAGCGGAGAGGCGGGGCCGAUCAUCACGUCGGAGCCAGUGAGCUUGAGCCGAUUUUGUUUCAGACGCCGUUCAUCCCGGAUCUAUCCGACUGCAGGCAAGGCCUUCCGCUCACCUGUUUCAUCGAUGAUCGCCAGGCCAAUGCCUCCAAAUGUCAAUGCAAACCCGGCACCUCGUUCGCCGAAUUCGCUGACCAGCGCUGCGAGCAUCUCCAGCCGCUCUUGGUCCAAACAUACAACAACGUCUCCGAGUUGACGAUUCAAUGCAAUAUGACGCUCAACGACUGUAACCUUGACGGCGUGCGUCCCUCGGCUGCAGUGGGCGAUGGCCGCGUCAGCGACGACGAGCUGUUCGGCGGCCAGGCCAAUGCGGGCCCUGUCAUCGGCGGGUCUGAUGACUGCUGGUACACGUACGAGCCGUGGAAAUACACGCGCAACGGCACCCAGGCAACUGUAAAAUACCCGAUCGCGCCCACCACCGAAUUCCGCCCAAAAUGCGACACGCGCCAAGACGUCCGCUCCGAGAUACAGGAGACUGACGACAAUCCGAUGCGAUGGGGCGAGCUGACGACGCAAUUUAUGUUUCUGAAGUGCCACUGGAUGUUGUGUGACGAACGCAACCGAUAUCCCUGGAAUCCGGAUACGGGCAAGCGCGAGCAGGUCUGCUUCCCGCGCGUCCCCGAGCCGUUCACGAUGUCCUGGACGAGGAAGUGGUGCGCACGGUACGAGAUGAACGUCUCGAAGCUGUACGGCGAAGACGGAUGCGAGCCACUGCCUCUCUGCUUUGACAGCGGCUUCACCGCUACCCCCUACUACCAAGCGGCCAUCGACGAGAACUUUGCCCAAGACAUCCGUUUGUGCGAGCGCCUCUGCCAGCCCGGCCUUUUCAAUAUCAUGGGUAUCAAUCCAGACAACACCACCUGCCGUCGUCGCCCAUCGAUAGAUGCCGACGACUGGGCUGUGGGCUACGAGCAAAGCUGGUGCCCCCUCGAAACAUCUGUCUACCGCGAUCCGCCCGUCGACUGUAACCCCGUGCCGAUCUGCCGUCAGCUUGACGAUACUAUCCCCUCCUACACCGAGAUGGAACUGAACGGCACCGAUUUUGAUGAUUUCGAAUAUAACCCAUUCCGCUCUGGCGUGUGCGUGGCCUCGGUGCUGUACUGCACGCCGCGCCAGGCCGAGCUGCUGUUCUGCCGCAAAAUCACGGAGGAUCCUGCUCAACUAGCUGCUGAAUUGAGCUACCUGGAUGCCGAUGACCCCACCGCCGUCCCACCCGAAGAAUGGCCGACCGCCAAGGUGAUCAGUUACAUCCUGUUCAUCGUCAUUAUCGUCUACAUUGUCCUCGUGCUCAUCCGAACAAUUUUUAGUCGCCGCGAGAAGAAUGAGAAACGCCGGAACCCGUCCGCCAAUGUCCGCCUGCUAGGCUACACACGCAGCAACGAGGACGUCGCCCAAGAGAAGCAGACGUCUAGUGCUCGCCAAAGCGUCACUGAGCAAGCCGAUGCCGAUAAGGCUCCGGGUUCGACUCGCGAGCAAACCAAGAGCAUCUCCCAAUCCGCCAGCGUUGCCGUCAAUAACCCUCAGAGCCCCGACAAGAUGGGUUCCGUUUCUACUGCCGCCGGAGAGAACGCGAAGAAUGCA